GUUGGCAAGCACUGUCAGUCUGUCAUUAUCUGCAUUAGUAGGUGAAUCUCCCUCCCUCUACUGUAGCCUGUAGGUUCACAUCACCACCCACCAACAACAAAUUUAUACUCCUAGAUUUUCAUCAAUAAUCAUAGGAGUAUUUUUUAAAAUUUCCCAAUUUAUUUUCUUUUCACUUGGAUCUUCUUUGGCUUUACAUUUUUUUUUGGCUUUACAUAAAUUACCAAUACCUUAAAAGAAAUAUUCUUUUUAUUGGCUUAUUAGUUUUCCCAUAUAAAUAUAAACAUAAAACACCCAAAAUACUAUUAGUACCACCAACCCACUUAAGACCCUUCUAUCAUACACUCCUUCGAUGGAAUCCAUAAAUUUCUGAACUUUCUGUUACAAAAAUCAACUCCCAUUACUCCAUUUAGGCUAAAGAUUCCAUCUUUAUACAUUUAAUGCUUAUUUUUUUUCCAAAAGAUCAAAUCUUUACAAAAUGGAGCGUGCAAGAAAGCUUGUUAAUAGGGAAAUAUUGAGAAAAUUGCACCAUCACUUCAACAAUGGUGAAAAUGUUGUUUCUUCAAGGUAUGUCUCAACCAUGGCUUCUUCUAACAUAUUUUCAAAGAAAAAUGAGUCAGGAUUUGUGGGUUUUGGGAGAUUACCUCAAACACGAUCCAUUUCUGUUGAGGCAUUAAAACCUAGUGAUACAUUUCCUAGGAGACAUAACUCUUUAACAAAAGAUGAACAAGUAAAAAUGGCACAGAUUUGUGGGUUUAAUAAUCUAGAUGAGCUUAUUGAUGCAACUGUUCCUAAAUCUAUUAGGAUUAAAUCAAUGAAAUUUUCAAAAUUUGAUGAGGGUUUAACUGAAUCUCAAAUGAUUGAACAUAUGAAGGAUUUGGCAUCUAAAAAUAAGGUUUUAAAGUCAUUUAUUGGGAUGGGUUACUAUGAUACUUAUGUUCCACCUGUGAUUUUGAGGAAUAUAAUGGAAAACCCAGCUUGGUAUACUCAAUAUACUCCUUACCAAGCUGAAAUAUCUCAGGGUAGAUUAGAAUCUUUGUUGAAUUAUCAAACUAUGAUUACAGAUCUUACUGCUUUACCCAUGUCAAAUGCUUCUUUACUUGAUGAGGGAACUGCUGCUGCUGAGGCAAUGGCUAUGUGUAAUAAUAUCUUGAAAGGGAAGAGGAAAACUUUUAUUAUAGCUAAUAAUUGUCAUCCUCAAACCAUUGAUAUAUGUAAGACUAGGGCAGAGGGUUUUGAUCUUAAGGUCGUGACAGCUGACCUUAAAGACAUCGAUUACUCGUCUGGUGAUGUUUGUGGUGUGUUGGUUCAGUAUCCUGGUACUGAGGGUGAAGUUUUGGACUAUGGGGAGUUCAUAAAGAAGGCUCAUUCUAGUGGGGUUAAGGUGGUUAUGGCUACUGAUCUUUUGGCUUUGACGAUGUUGAAGCCACCUGGUGACUUGGGAGCUGAUAUUGUUGUGGGGUCAUCUCAGAGAUUUGGGGUUCCUAUGGGCUAUGGUGGUCCUCAUGCUGCUUUCUUGGCUACUUCUCAAGAGUAUAAGAGGUUAAUGCCAGGAAGAGUUAUUGGUGUUAGUAUUGAUUCGUCUGGUAAGCCUGCUCUUCGUAUGGCGAUGCAGACGAGGGAGCAACACAUUCGCAGGGAUAAGGCUACUAGCAACAUCUGCACUGCUCAGGCUUUGCUGGCCAAUAUGGCUGCAAUGUAUUGUGUCUAUCAUGGACCAGAAGGUCUUAAAACCAUCGCCCAAAGGGUGCAUGGUCUAGCUGGCACAUUUUCAACUGGACUGCGAAAGCUUGGGACAGUGGAAGUUCAAGGUCUACCUUUCUUUGACACUGUGAAAAUCAAGUGCACUGAUGCCAAAGCAAUUGCUGAUGAAGCUUACAAACAUGAGAUGAAUUUGCGUGUGGUGGAUCAGAACACUAUCACUGUUUCAUUUGACGAAACUACUACUUUGGAAGAUGUUGAUAAGCUUUUCAAAGUUUUUUCUGGUGGCAAGGCUGUACCCUUUACUGCUGCAUCUAUUGCUCCAGAAGUUGAGAAUGCUAUCCCUGGUUCACUUGUGAGGGAGAGCCCAUUCUUAACUCACCAAAUCUUUAACUCAUAUCACACGGAGCAUGAGCUGCUGAGAUACUUGUACAAAUUACAGUCAAGGGAUCUUUCCCUUUGCCACAGUAUGAUUCCAUUAGGAUCUUGUACAAUGAAAUUGAAUGCCACAACUGAAAUGAUGCCCGUGACAUGGCCUGAAUUCUCAAGCAUUCAUCCGUUUGCUCCAGCAGAACAGGCUCAGGGUUAUCAGGAAAUGUUCCAAAAUUUAGGUGACUUGUUGUGUACCAUUACUGGAUUUGACUCUUUCUCUCUGCAACCUAAUGCCGGUGCUUCUGGAGAGUAUGCUGGGUUGAUGGUUAUUCGUGCAUACCAUAAGUCACGAGGAGAUCAUCAUCGUAAUGUGUGCAUCAUUCCUGUCUCUGCUCAUGGAACAAAUCCUGCAAGUGCAGCUAUGUGUGGUAUGAAAAUUGUCUCUGUUGGAACUGAUGCUAAGGGAAAUAUUAACAUUGAAGAAGUUAGAAAGGCUGCUGAAGCCCACAAGGACAACUUGGCUGCGCUUAUGGUUACGUAUCCUUCAACUCAUGGUGUGUAUGAAGAAGGAAUUGAUGAGAUUUGCAAGAUAAUUCAUGAUAAUGGUGGUCAAGUAUACAUGGAUGGUGCCAACAUGAAUGCACAGGUCGGCCUUACAAGUCCAGGAUUCAUUGGAGCAGACGUUUGUCAUCUUAACCUGCACAAAACAUUUUGCAUUCCUCAUGGCGGAGGUGGUCCUGGAAUGGGCCCCAUUGGUGUAAAGAAACAUUUGGCACCAUUUUUGCCAUCGCACCCCGUGGUGGCAACUGGUGGAAUUCCUGCCCCUGAGAAAUUACAGCCCUUAGGUACCAUUUCUGCAGCACCUUGGGGAUCUGCCCUAAUUCUACCGAUUUCAUACACAUAUAUUGCUAUGAUGGGCUCAAAUGGCCUUACGGAAGCAUCGAAGCAAGCUAUCUUGAAUGCAAACUACAUGGCUAAGCGUUUGGAGAACCACUAUCCAAUCCUUUUCCGAGGUGUCAAUGGAACCUGUGCUCACGAAUUUAUUGUUGAUUUGAGAGGAUUCAAGACCACUGCUGGCAUUGAGGCCGAAGAUGUUGCCAAGCGUCUUAUGGACUAUGGAUUCCAUGGUCCGACAAUGUCAUGGCCAGUUCCCGGUACUCUCAUGAUUGAACCCACUGAAAGUGAAAGCAAGGCGGAAUUAGACAGGUUUUGUGAUGCAUUAAUCUCUAUUAGAGAAGAAAUCGCUGAGAUUGAGAACGGAAAAGCUGAUCUCAACAACAAUGUCCUUAAGGGAGCACCCCAUCCACCUUCCCUGCUCAUGGGAGACUCAUGGAACAAGCCUUACACUCGGGAAUAUGCUGCAUACCCUGCUUCUUGGUUGCGCUCCGUCAAGUUUUGGCCAACUAAUGGGCGUGUUGACAACGUUUAUGGUGACCGGAACUUGAUUUGCACCCUUCUCCCAGCAAAUUGCUAUGAAGAAGAGAAGGCUGCAACUGCUUAAAACACCCAUUAGUCUUUUGGCUUAGUUGUUUCUUACGUAACUUCGCUGUAUAUACAAUAUGCAUUCCGUCAUUGGAAUUAUAUACUCUAUUAUGGAUACAUUCCCUCUCUCCCCAUCCCUGCUAAAGAAAAAUUAUAAAAAAGGUCUUUUAUUA